AUGGCUCCAGCUAAGGUCAAGUCUGCCGGGAAGAAGACGAAGAAGGCCAAGCCUGGUAACCAGUGGAAUUCUAUGGACCCGGAUGCCAAACCCAUCCUCAUCGCACACAACUCGUCAGGUUGGGAAAAAGAGCUUUUCCGCGCUAUGCCACUUACUGAGAUGCCCAGCUCAACAGAGGACAAUACGCUACUGGAUGUGUUGCUCCCGGUGACCGCGGAGGGUCCACCGGACAGUUUUCAAAACACCAUCAACGGCGCGCCCCAGCCAGCAAAGAGAACAUUUACCGUGACUGCGGCGCGGCCGCUACAGACCCGACUCAUGGCCGCGCGGUACUUCGGGCGUCUCGAUUGGCUUUCCUCGAGACCCCGACUUAGGUUUCACUUACUAUGCCAGAGGGACCCAGAUCCGCGAACAGCACGCCGUGAGGAUCAGCAAGGCGGCACUGGAACGGCUUGCCAAGAUGCUGAUGUACCUCACCGAGCUGCACUGCACUGCCGCUUCUAUUUCCCCCGCGCCGUCAACGCCACGCCCAAGGUGGACAAGUCGAUAAACAAGAAGUGGCCCAGCUUCGUUGCGGAGCGUAACGGCUCGAUGCUGAGCCCCUUCGUGGCCUUGCUGACCCUGGCGUGGGCGCAGGAACUGAGAGCAUAA